UUUUUAUUCUUUCUGCUGUGCUAAAGGUUAUCGCCGCGGGAGAGGGAAAGAUUGUACACGAGUCGAAAUUCCUGAUUAGUAUAACUUCUUUUUCUGAUAAACAAGCCUCCAAGCAGUCACUCCCAUUUCCAUGACGCGCGAAUACCUAUAUAUACGUAUCAUAUGUAAAUGAGAAAAGAAUCGGCCGAUGCUCGUGAUUUGCGGAUAGCGCCUGUUUCUUCAGUUCGUGUGGGACUUUGCUGUUUGGAAGGAGGCUGUGCUGAGGUGGAUCAAGUAAAAUGUCUUCUCUAAGUCGAGUAUCUCUGCUUCAAAAGAGAUUUUACAGUUCCAAAGUAAAAUUGAACGAUGUUGUUAUUGUUAGUGCUGCAAGGACUCCAAUGGGAUCCUUCCUUGGAUCCCUUUCAUCUAUGUCUGCCACCAAACUAGGAGCUGUAGCCAUACAGGCUGCAAUUGAAAGAGCUGGCAUCGCUAAGGAGCAAGUCAAAGAAGUUUACAUGGGCAAUGUGUGCCAAGCUUACCUUGGACAAGCACCAGCCAGGCAAGCAACGUUAUUUGCAGGUCUGCCAAAAUCUACUAUAUGUACAACUGUAAAUAAGGUAUGCGCAAGUGGAAUGAAGAGUGUCAUGCUAGCUUCCCAAGCACUACAGUGUGGACAUCAAGAUAUUGUUCUUGCUGGUGGCAUGGAAUCUAUGUCCAAUGUUCCAUUUUACUUGAAGCGUGGAGAAACUACUUAUGGAGGUGUCAAACUAGAGGAUGGUAUUGUGUUUGAUGGACUAACAGAUGUAUAUAAUAAGUUCCACAUGGGCAACUGUGCUGAAAAUACAGCCAAAAAACUAGGAAUAUCUCGUGAGCAACAAGACGAAUUUGCCAUCAAUAGUUACAAACGAAGUGCUGCAGCUUAUGAACAAAAUGCGUUCAAGGACGAGUUAGUACCCGUUAAUGUACCACAAAAGAAGGGUAAACCAGAUGUAGUAUUCAGUGCAGAUGAAGAAUACAAGAGGGUAAACUUUGAGAAAUUUGGAAAAUUAUUAACGGUAUUCCAGAGAGAAAACGGAACUGUCACAGCAGGAAACGCAUCGACAUUGAAUGAUGGAUCUGCUGCUCUUAUUCUCACCACUGCAGAUAAUGCACAAAAGCUUAAUCUUAAACCUUUGGCAAGAGUUGUUGGUUUCCAAGAUGCUGCUACGGAACCAAUUGAUUUUCCAAUUGCCCCUGCCUUAGCCAUUCCCACUUUGUUGCAAAAUGCAGGAUUGAACAAAAAUGACAUUGCUUUGUGGGAAAUUAACGAAGCUUUCAGUGUCGUUGUCGUUGCCAACCAAAAAUUACUGGACAUUGAUCCAGCUAAAGUAAAUGUUCAUGGAGGAGCUGUUUCAUUAGGACAUCCUAUUGGAAUGUCUGGAGCCCGAAUUAUUGUCCAUUUGGUACAUGCUUUGAAAGCAGGAGAGAAGGGAGUCGCAUCUAUCUGUAACGGUGGUGGUGGUGCAUCAUCGAUUUUAAUUGAAAAGCUGUCUCAUGUGCAUUCAUCUCCACCAAAACUGACUUUAUAUACCAAGGAUGUAUGUCCAUUGUGUGACAUUGUUAAAGAUGAGCUCAAACUGAAGUUCAAUGGACAAUAUCAAUUAGAAAUAGUAAAUAUCACAGCUCCUGGAAACGAACAUUUGAAAAAAUUGUAUCAGUAUGAAAUACCAGUAUUAUUUUUAGAAGGACAGUAUCUUUGCAAGCACAAAUUAGACGUUGAAUUAUUAGAAAAGAGGCUAGCUGGCCUUACAUAAUUUUUUAAUAAUGAUGUCUAAUAUUAAUUUUUAAUGAUUAAAUUGUAUAUAUUUUACUUAUUGUAUAAAUUAUUCAUAAGUAAACAUGGUGUCUAUUUCGAUUUUUGAAAUCAUCUUAGAAAUAUUUUUUAGAUUAUAGAUAAAUUAUUGUGUUGAAACAAAACAAAAUUUACUGUACAAUUUUUGAUUUAUUAAAUUUUAAGAAACUGUUAUUAAACUUACGUACAUAAUUAUAGUACACGAAUACAUUCAGAGAUCUGUACAUUUUU